GAACAAAGAACAUUAAAAACAUUUUCAUUGCAGCCAAGACAAAGAAAAGCAAUGCUGUUAUGCAAAAAAAUCAAUUUAAAUACAACAGCGUGCAAUGGAGAAAUUAAAAUGAAGAGUAUCAUUAAAUGUAGCCUAAAGGCAUUGCUGUGAGAGUACUGGUCUAAUAAUCUCAAGAGCUAUGUUCUGGAUUGGAAAGUUCUUGUCUGCAUUUCAGUAAUAAUAAUUCUAGCUCAAUGGACAAAUCGGAGACAUCAAAAAUGGGAAAAAGGGACUUAAAAACAGAAGGCAUGCAUUAUCGAUCGUUAAUUUGAAUCUAAAUCAGACUUGAAAUGAAUCAAGUCAACUGAACAAAUUUCCCCUACCUAAAAAAAUCAAAAACUUUAUACAACAGAAAAACAAGUAUUCAAAAAUUGAGCAAGCAGCAUAGCAACAUACUCAACAAAUUCUUAUUGGAAAUGUACAAACGAUGUAGUAGUCAAGCAGUAAGCGACGCGGAUCAGACCGAAGAUGAAAAUGAAAAAAUAUUUAAAAUACUUAAAUUAGUAGUAAUUUAGCGAUCGAGGAGUUAAAAAAAGAAAAAAAUAAUUGCAAUAUCAAAAAUAUUAUCGGUCAAGUUUAUAUUUUUAAUUUAUAAAUUGAGGUGCGAGUGUUAAAGGAGAGAUUUUAUUGAUGAAAUUUUACCUAGGAAGAAAAAAUUUGGAUGCAUAAAAUUGCAUUUGUUCAUAAUAAUCUGUGAAAAGCAUAAAAGUUAUUAAGAAAAAUGUGGAUAAGUUCUAAAAGAUAAUUGGAUACAAAUGAAUAAAUCGUCAAAAUUAUCUGGCAUUUUUCUUCUCCACUAACUGCACAUUCAUUAUCAAUCAGCUAUUAGAAAUAGAGGAAGACGAUUCACUAUAGCUAAUAUUAAAAAUGGAUCACGCAGUUAAAGCAUCGCGUUCACAUCCGUGGAACAAAUUGCGUUUUGAGAAUGAUGAAUUGGAGGAAUUGUAUCAGAGAUAUACGCACAAAAUACAAUGGAUUUCAGUAUUUGGUGUCGUUACACUGAUUGUCUUGCUUACUGGAAUUAUGGCCAUAUUGAGCCUUUGCUAUAAUCAAGCGGCUACAAUUCAUAAUGUUUUCAAUGGAUGCCUUUGUCUCUUAUUUACCAUCAUUUUAAUAUUGUUGAAAUUUCGUAUUAUUCGUGAUCAUCAUUUACCAUACUUGUGUUACGUCAUCUUAUUCUUUGCGGCUGCAUUUUGCGUCAUUUCAAUGCCUGAUAUUAGUGGUAUAACAUUGCCAGUUGAUACGCGUACGGUUAUGGUGGAAGGUGUAUGGCAAAUUGUUUUUGUAAUAUUCCUUGCUUAUGCGAUGUUGCCACUGAAAAUAUGGCAAGCAUUCUUAUUCAGCAUUACAUUACCAAUUGCUCAUCUUGGUGUUACCGGCUUCUACAUUUACAAUGGAAGAUUUCAAUAUUUAGAAUACAAUCAAUUAGCUGCAAACAUUUUCAUUUUUGCUGGAAUCAAUGUUGCUGGUAUUGUUAUAAAUAUCAUGAUGGAACGUGCUCAACGUCGUGCAUUUCUCGAUACGAGAAAUUGUAUUGCAGCACGUCUAGAAAUGGAAGAUGAAAAUGAGAAACUCGAACGUUUGUUGCUGUCAGUUUUACCCCAGCAUGUUGCAUUGGAGAUGAAAGCCGAUAUAUUGUCGCCGGUUGAGGGACAGUUUCAUAAAAUUUAUAUUCAAAAGUAUGACAAUGUUAGUAUAUUGUUUGCUGAUAUUGUUGGAUUUACAGUACUCGCCAGUCAAUGUACCGCACAAGAGCUUGUUAGAUUGCUAAAUGAACUAUUUGGAAGAUUCGAUCAACUCGCACAUGAUAAUCAUUGCUUACGUAUUAAAAUCCUCGGAGAUUGCUAUUAUUGCGUCAGUGGAUUACCUGAAGCAAGAACUGAACAUGCUAAAAACACUGUUGAAAUGGGAUUAGAUAUGAUUGAAGCAAUACAUGCAGUUGUGGAAGCAACAGACGUGAAUCUCAAUAUGCGAGUUGGAAUUAAUAGUGGACGAGUGCUGUGCGGUGUUUUGGGUUUGAGGAAGUGGCAGUAUGACGUGUUUGGUGAUAAUGUGACAAUUGCAAAUCACAUGGAGUCAGGUGGUGAACCUGGACGGGUUCAUAUAACAAGAGCAACACUCGAUGCUUUAGGUGGAGAAUAUGAAGUUGAAGUUGGUCAUGGUGGUACGAGAGAUCAGUAUUUAAAAGAACAUGGAAUCGAUACAUACUUUAUUGUACCUCCUAUUCAUAGACGAAAACCAUUAAUGCUCAACACAUUAGGCGUAAGAUCAGCUGUUGGCGAGGCAAAUCGAAGAAAAUUAUCAUUUAGGAAUGUCUCAAAUGUUGUUGUACAGCUAUUGCAUACUAUUAAGCCAUACUCUGUACCAGCACCAUUUUCACAUUUAGCAACAGGAAGUGGAUUUAGUAAUGAGAGUGCAGGAAUGGGAACACAGGAUAAUAAAACCAGACAGAAUAAAGUGACGGAAAAAUUUAAACGUCCAUUCAAGAAGCGACAUUCAAAUCUAUAUCAUCAGCCAUCAAAUCGUGUUAAUAAAUUCUUAGCUCAAGCGAUUGAAGCACGCUCGGUGGAUCGAGAAAAGACAGCACACGUCAAUCGAUUUACUUUGAAUUUUCGUGAGAACGAAAAGGAGAAAAGUUAUCAUCAAGAUUUCGAUUUUGGAUUUACAAUGUCUAUGUGCACAAGUUUAAUGCUAUUGAUUUUAAGUGCUGGCUUACAAGUUUCGGCGUUACCUCGCACACUCAUUUUACUACUGCUAUUCCUGACUGCAUUUAUAUGGAUAUCAGCAAUCUUAAUGCUUAUUAUGGCUGCUAGAUUAAAGUGGAUUUAUUGGGAUGUAGCACAAAGUUUCUCUCUUAGACUCGCCAUUACGAUCUUUACAAUCAUCUUAGUGUAUUCUGUCGGGCAGAUGAAUGUCUUUACAUGUCUCAGUGAUGAUCCAUGUGAUACAAAUUUUACAACACCCCGAAUUGAAGAUCCUAGCGAUUUUGACAGGCAUCGACGGUGUGCUCUUCCACAAUAUAUUGCAUUAUCAGCAGCUUAUGCGUUUAUAACAGUAUCGAUAUUUUUGAGGCUACCAAUUCUUGUCAAAUCAAUAUUGAUUCUAUUGAUGGGAACUUCAUAUUCUCUAUUUAUUGAAAUUUCACAUGCUCAUAUAUUUGAUUGUUACGAUAACCGAGUUGUCUCAUCAAUACCACUUCAUACAAUGUCGUUGGCACACAUUGUUAUUUUCAUGAUAGCCGUGCUUACACAUGGACGUCAAGUUGAGUGGACAGCGCGUUUGGAUUUUCUUUGGCAACUUCAGGCAUCACAAGAGAAACGUGAAAUGGCGGUUUUGCAACAGUCAAAUAAACGUAUUCUUCAUAAUCUUUUACCAUCUCAUGUUGCUGCACAUUUCUUAGUAGACUUCCAGUUUCGCAACAACAUGGGAACUCUCAGACAGGAUCUAUAUCAUCAAAGCUAUCAAAAAGUUGGAGUUGCUUUCUGCUCGCUUCCUAAUUUUAAAGAAUUUUAUACAGAACUCGAUGGUACAAAUCAGGGCAGUGAUUCAAAUGAAUGGAAUAUAGGAAUAGAAUGUUUACGAUUGCUCAAUGAGAUUAUUGCUGAUUUUGAUGAGUUGCUGUGCGACGAACGAUUUCAUGCAAUAGAUAAGAUAAAGACAAUUGGGUCUACAUAUAUGGCCGCUGUUGGCUUAAUACCAGAGUAUAAAAUUAUUCAAAACGAUCCACACUCAACUAGAAGAUUAAUGACAUCCCUCAUUGAAUUUAUUCGUGCGAUGCGGGUUAAACUGAAAAAUAUAAAUGACAAUUCGUACAAUAACUUCAUGUUAAGAGUGGGAGUUAAUAUUGGCCCUGUAACAGCGGGAGUCAUCGGAGCGAGGAAGCCUCAAUACGAUAUAUGGGGCAAUACAGUAAACGUUGCAUCACGUAUGGAUUCGACAGGUGUACCAGGCUAUACACAAGUAACGCAGGAGGUUGUUGAUAGUCUUCAAGGAUCACAUUUUGAAUUCAAGUGCCGAGGUCAAAUAAAAGUAAAGGGCAAAGGUGAUAUGGUUACUUAUUUUUUGAUAGACUCAAAACCUUCAAAUGAAAUUGGUAUGGAAAUGAUACACUUGCGUCAUCAAAAUUAUCACGAAAAUGCAAAUUAUCAAGGAAGCGCUAUAAACAAAGAAAUUUAUAUGAAGAAGAAAAAUUUUGGCAAUUUCCUAGAAGAAAAGCCGUCAACAUCGAAUCAUAACAAUUAUAACAAUGGGAAUUUAUAUAAUGGAAUGAACCUAACAGAGAAUUUAAAUUAUGUAAAGCGUGAAUAUGACAAUUAUAAUAAAAUCAAUAUCAAUAACCAUUAUAACAUUAAUAAUUAUAAUAUUCACGGACAGCAGCAACAGCCACAGCUUCCUCAGCUUCCUCAACCCCCACCACCACAGCCUCAAUAUCACCAACAAUACAAUAUACGUGAGAAUUUUAAUAUUAUUGAAAAUCCUAGUGACAAACAGCCACCACAGCCUCAACAGCAGCGAAGCAAUUAUCUUGACCGAGAAGAUUCUCCACAUUAUAGUAAUCAUUAUAAUAUAACUAGAAAUGAUCAUGAGCAUGAGCCCUUAUUGACGAGUACAAAUGUAAUGCCCAAAGUUCUCUACCGAGCCGAACAGACUAGUAAAUAUGAGCCACCUCAAUAUGUAGGAAUGCCUUUUCAACGCUCUAUACAGCCUAUGACACACUAUAGACAUUAUCAGCCACAAUCUCAUUAUAAUCAUCCUCAAUAUCACAAUCAACAGCCUCAACAACCUUUACAGCAACAGCCAAUAUAUGUGAAAAAGCAAACAAAUUCAGCACCGCUUCGUUAUCAUCACACAAGUAGUAGUAAUAACAAUAUGAAUGGAAAUAAUAACAAUGAUGUUGUUGAGGCAUAUAUGAAGCCAUUACCAAAACUUCCCACACACUGCGAGAAUGAGAGUCGAGAAAUGUCAUCAACAGAUGAUCUAAGUCAUAGUGAACAUAGGCAAUCUAUAAGUGCUGACUCAAGUUCAGAUGAAAGUUAUUCGAGAACAGAUGACUGUGAUCAAAGUAAUUUGAGGCUUGAUAUGCCAAAUAUUGAACAAAAACAUGAAAACAAAAGGAAUCCUGUAUUAAAAGAUUUACAUGAUUAUGAAAUAAGUUCAACAACUGACCAUACGGUCUCAACUAUUCCAAUGAACAAAGGUGAAAGCUGUAAUAGCUUUGAAUUUCAUAAUGACAAACCUUUUCCAAAAUCGCCAUUUGAACGCGAGCUACAGCGACUUUUGAAUGAAUCGGCAAAGAACAAAAUCAUGCCAGCACACGGCAACGUUAAUAAAACAAAUAAUUUGGAUUCAACGAAAAGAAAUGUGUCGUCGUCAAAUGGAAAUAAUAAUAAUAAUAAUAGUAAUGGCAUUUAUGGAAGGAAAACAAGUGGCAAUGCUGUUGGCUCGUUGCCGAGCUCAUCAUCAGGAAAUAAUAAUAAUAACAACAACAACAACAUAAGAUUAAGUGAUGUUGAUGAUAAUUCAUGUAUUGAUACAAAUAGUUUAAAACAUCCCGUUGGUCUGGAAGCAAUUAAGGAAAUGACGCGAAACAAAAAUAUUGAGAACUUAUCCCUUGAAAAACGUCAACAGGAUGCACAGCAUGUCCAUCAACAUCACCAACUUAGUCAUAAUAAUCUUGAUGAGCCAACAAGUAUAUCAAGCUAUAGUCGUAACAGUAGCCGACGAGAUAAUUACGCAAGUGAAGAUGAAAAAUUAAAGUCCGAGGAUAUUUCAAUUCCAUUUUCAAAUGAGAAUCUCAAAAUUAGUGCCAGUACAAGUCAAAAUCCACUAGAGACAAACAUGGAGAGUCAGUCUGAAUGGAGUGAGGAUGAAUGUAAGGAUGAUGUUGCUGGUUGUGAAAGUACUGGAUAUAUAACGGAAGAUGAUCCAGUUUUAGAGAACUUAAGCUUACUUAAUGAAGCUGGUUUGACAGAUGCUGAAGGUGCUUUAAGUGAUGUAAAUUCAUUGUACAAUGCUCCCGAUGAUACAUCAAUAUCAAGUAGUAGAGCCAGUAGUCGCUUUGAAUUAAGUCUAGACUCAUUGAGCGGCCUUUAUGAUUGCGAAGUAGAUUCAAAAAAUGAAUUGGCAAUUGUAAGUGUAUCAAAUAAGAUAACUAGUAAGUUUGGUCCUCAAAAUUAAGGAAAGAAAUAAAAAAUAAUCUCAAAUUGAGGUAAUUCUAUUAGACGCUAACACAAAAAUGAUGAUAAACUAAUGUAAAAUGUCACAUUUUCGCUUAAUCUUUAUGUAUAUACAUAAUCUAUCACACACAGACAAAAAUCUUUUCAAUUUUAUCUAUCCACAAAAUUUUUGCCAUUCUCAUGCAAGAUUAAUAAAAAAGGAAACUCAUGGUAUUACACAGAAAAAGUGAAAGAAAGAAAAGAAAAAUUGAAAUUUUAUAGAACUUAAGGUACUCAAAUUAAGCACGGAACAAAUUUUUUUUGAUGCUAUAAAAGGAAAUGAAUCCUUUCCCCUCCGAAUUACACCUUUUCUUGAUUGAAUUAAUUUUUUAUAGCUCUUUUUUAUAUAUUUUUUGGUACGAUUUUAUAUCGCAUUUAAUUUUUAUUCCUUAAUGUGUCUCUCUCUCUAUCUUUUUGUAAACGAAUCGAAUUUUUUUUUUAAAUUUUUAUUAGAAAAAUAAUUUUUGAUAGAAAUUGUGAACAAGAUACACUAAAAUAUCUUUAAAAGAUAUCAGAGGGUGGUAAGAGUGUGUUGGAAUUAGGAGUUUUAUGAUUAGAAUUUAAGUUUUGGCUUGACGCAGCUAGCAAAUCAGAAACAUUAAAUCCCAAAAAAUCUACAAAAACCCAGCACUUCCUAGCAUCAAACCACACGAAAUUCUUAAAUUAUUCAUCAAUUUAAGCAAGAAAUUCAAUGGGAUUCAAGAUUUGAUGAAAGAAGUGAUGGCAUUUUUUGAGAUUUCAGGAAUUAAUCCCGAGUGUAUACAUCUUGACAGCUAGCUUGGUUUUAAUGCAAUUAAAAGCUAAUGAUUGUUCGAUAAAAGAAUGUUCAACAAAUCUUGUCUUCUAAAUUGAACUUUAAGAUUUAGCCCACUUUACCAGUCAGAUAAAGUAAAACUUUUAAGAUAGUUGAUAAGCUGGCAGACAAGAGUUUUUGCUAAGUCUCAAACUCAUGAUUUUUAUUAGUAUUACGAUGUUCGAAUAUCAAAAAUAUGAUUCUUAUCGAAUGCACCUAAUAUGAAACCUAGCUAUUUAAAUUGAUUUCAGAAUAAUUAAAUGGAUAGUUUUUCAAAGACAGAGCCUUCUAAUAUUUUCUGUUCAACCCCCUAUCCCCUCAAAAAUAUUUCUGGCUACUGUAAUGUAACUGGACCCGAUCUGGAAGAGCUACCCAGAGCACCAUACCUCGCAACAGAUUAAUUUUAUUUUUAUUCCAUAUUGUAGUCCACCAACAUAAAAAAAUUAAGUACAGCAGCUGCUUAUUAUUUAAAAAUUUGAUAGAAAUCUUCUUAAAAAGUUCUAAAAUCCAUUAAUUCCAACCAUCUUCCAAUCCCUCAACAACCAUGAUUAUCGUAUGUGAAUCUUUUUAUUAAAUGAUUUGACUCUUAUUUUAAUUGUGAAGUAACGAACCGUAAGUUUUAAACGGUUUUAAAUUUAGAAUUUACUUAAUGAAUGCUUUAAAAAGGUAUCAAUUAGAUAAAUAAUUUAAGUUAUUAUACAUGAAAUACUGUAUUAAGGAUUAUACAAACAAAACAAAACCAUGAAUUGAGAUAAAUUGGAUAUAAAAAUUAUUAAUGAAAGGUGCAAUAAAAAGUUAAAAUUGUAGAGUCAUGUUGAUUAUUUUCCAUUCGCGCAAAAAAAAUGUGAAAGAGAAAAAUUUAUUUGGGCUUCGAAAUCAUUAAAUCAUUAGGCAUUCUAGGCGAAACAAAAAAAAUAAAUUGUGUUACUUUUCGUUGCUUCCAAAAUUAUACAAAAAAAUACUUAAAGCGUAAAAUGAUUUUUUAAUAUGAACAAAUUGGAAAUUAAUUAAUUCAUAAAAAUUUAAAAUUUUAAAUAGAAAUUACACAAAAAAAAUAUCAAUUUGAUAACACAUAUGUCGAUUGUACCUCACAGAAAAAAAAGUAAAAAAAUAUGAACUAAAUCAACAACAGUUUUACAUGAACAAAAAUAAGAAAAAUUUUUUGCAUCCAACAUUAGUCAUUAUACAUAUU